GUUAAAUAGCAACUAGCAAGUGCCUUCCCUCUCCCCCCCUCUCUCUCUCUCUCCCUCUCUCUCUCACCGUUGUCUCCCCGCCGAUUGCUCAGGAUGGGAGGCCCUAACGCCGAUUCCAUCACAUUGGACAGAUCCGCCAAGAUUUUCGUCGCUGGCCACCGGGGCCUCGUCGGAUCCGCCAUCGUCCGGAAGCUCCACCAACUAGGCUUCACGAAUCUCCUACUCCGCUCCCACUCCGAACUCGACCUCACCUGCCAAUCUGCCGUCGACGCCUUCUUCGCCGCCGAGAAGCCGCAAUUCGUCGUCCUCGCCGCGGCCAAGGUCGGCGGCAUCCACGCAAACAACACGUACCCCGCCGACUUUAUUGCGAUUAACCUCCAGAUCCAGACCAACGUUAUCGACUCGGCCUAUCGCCACGGCGUCAAAAAGCUCCUCUUCUUGGGAUCCUCUUGCAUUUACCCCAAAUUCGCUCCCCAACCAAUCCCCGAAGACGCACUGUUGACCGGUCCCUUGGAGCCCACCAACGAGUGGUACGCUGUGGCCAAGAUCGCCGGCAUCAAAAUGUGCCAGGCGUAUCGGAUUCAGUAUAAUUGGGAUGCAAUUUCAGCAAUGCCGACGAAUUUAUACGGCCCAAAUGAUAACUUUCAUCCCGAGAAUUCACACGUUCUGCCGGCAUUGAUGAGGAGGUUUCAUGAGGCGAAGGUUUCCGGUGCAAAGGAGGUGGUGGUGUGGGGUACCGGAUCGCCAUUGCGUGAGUUCUUGCACGUCGAUGAUUUGGCUAGCGCAGUGGUGUAUUUGCUGGAGAAUUAUAGUGGAUUGGGGCAUGUGAAUGUGGGCAGUGGGAAGGAGGUGACAAUUAAGGAGCUUGCUGAGUUAGUGAAGGAGGUGGUUGGGUUUGAGGGGGAGCUUGUUUGGGAUAGUUCUAAGCCGGAUGGAACGCCGAGGAAGCUCAUGGACAGUUCCAAGCUGGCUGGCUUGGGUUGGAUACCGAAGAUAUCUCUUCGGGAUGGGCUUGCUGAUACCUAUAAAUGGUACGUGGAGAAUGUCAAGCAAUAAUGGAGGUGAUAUCACCGUCUAUGUAUUCUUAUGUGCUAUCAAAUUCCAUACUUUCUAGUCACCAUUAUUUUUAUUAAUGUGCAAUGUGGCGUAAGAUUAUAUCUAGACGUCAUUUUAAAAGUUGGUGUUGCCAUGUAUUGAUAAUUUAAAAGAGCAGUAUUACUUCGUUGUAUAUUUCCAAUGCGAGGAAUGUUGGUUAUUGGUUA